AUGGUGCGAAUUAAGGACUCGGAUGAUAAAACGAUGUAGGUUGGCCCAAUAGGUUUGUGAUUAUAAAUCUCCUUUAGCAUAAAUAUUUAUAGUAAGAUAAAUUCCAUUUUAGCCCAAUUCCAGAAAUAAAAUUAGUAGAGGAGACAAAGAACGCCAACUUCUUUGAUAUUGUAAGUUUGAAAAUGCAAUUUAUAGGGAUGGGUACUCCAAGUGCGACGGUCAGAUUCUGAUGAAACUUGACAAAAACUUAGAUCAAUUGUUUCUAACGAUAAGAAAUGCGCCAGACUCCUAGCUCGCGUUUUGCAGAAACUACCGAGAUUUUGUAGAUCAAAGGUAUUAGAUAAAAAUGCACCGUUUUUUUUGCGAAUCUUGGCACUUGAAGUUUCAUGCCUAUUUCUAUCGUAGAGGAUAAUGCUUCUACAAAAAAUUAUGUUUUACGCACGAAAUUGGCAAAAAUAUGACCAAAAAGUGUUUUCUCUCUGCCUUCUCUCCGCCUUUUCCGUACUCUCUCGGCCGCGAAGAUCGUUUAGUAUCUCGGCUCCGCCUGAAAAGCGCGAACUAAAACUUGCAGGAAUUAAUUAAUAUGCCACCAAUUCCCGAAGUGUGUGCAAAAUUUAAAGAAAAUCUGAUUUUGUGAGCGUUGCACUUGGAAGCCUUUCCUUGUUAGUGAAGUUAUCUAAUCCUUUCAGUAUCGAUACUCGAGCAGAUGGGAUGUGAUUGUCAUUUGUUGUGCCGUCAUCCUCAGUUUAACCCAAGGAAUCUUCUAUUCGCUGAAUCCAAUCGUUUUCAAAGAUUUGACAAACGCCUUAAUAGAAGGUGCUUACAGAUGGGAUAAUAAUAUUUUUGAUUUUGAUGACUUUUCCAAAAAAGCAAUGAAUGCCAUCUGGAAGUAUCUGAUAUUUGGAUCAGCUGUUUUUGUUUUCGGAUUCCUCGGGGUAAGUGUAAUUCGAUAAUUUUGAAUAAUUUUUUAAUAAUUUCUAGAUGAGUUUCUGGAAUAUCAGCUCCGAGAGACAGGUUUUUAAAAUUAGAGCCAAGUUUUUCCGAGCUUUGAUGAGACAAGACAGAAGCUGGUUCGAUAAGCAUGAUGCGGGAGUGUGGACAACAAAGAUGUCAGAGUAAGGGAUUAAUUCUUCCAAGGAAACUGAUUUAGCGGAAUCGACCGAAUAAAAGACGGAACCGGAGAUAAACUGGGACUGGUGAUCGCUUUCUUCGCCCAAUUUAUUGGCGGAAUGACUGUUUCGUUUACCUACAGGUAAGAUAUUAAAUCGAUGACGAAAACAUUUUACUUUAGUUGGAAGAUGAGUUUGGUCAUGUUGGGACUUUUGCCAUUAAUACUGAUUGCUGUUUUGGCGAUUGGAUUCUUCUCAAAAAAAUACAUAAAAGGAGAGCAAGGAUUCUAUGGAAGUGCCGGAUCUGUGGCUGAAGAGGUCUUAUAUGGAAUUCGGACCGUCAUGGCAUUUAACGGACAAGAAAAAGAAAUAGCACGGUAAAUAAAACAUACAUGGAGGCUGGUGUUGUGAUUCGAACGGGCCAAAAGAUUUUAAGAAUUUAUCUUUUUAUACCAUAAUGUGCAAAUUUGAAGGGUCGUUCGAAUUAUAUUACUACAUCUUUGUAAAAAAAGUGCAAUUCGAGAAAAAGCGUAAAUCGUAAGUGUAAAUUUUACAAAAAAGUGUAACUUUUGAAAAAGUUUUAAUUUUGAUGUAAAACAUACAGAAAUGAUGUUAUAAUCGCAAAUUUGUGGUAAGUGUAAAAAAUUUUUUAAAAUGUAAUUUGAAAAAUUUUGCACCCUUUCAAAAAUAAAUAAAAUUGCAAACAAAUUCAAAAAUUAUUUUUCCUAUUGUGUCAUUAGGGUCAACUUUGCGCGUCAGUCCCGUUGCAACGCGUUGUCAACUUGCCGUCGCUUUUGUCGUGUCAAAUUGUUAUGUCAUUUUGAUUGUCCAAUUGUAAUCUUUUUGGAAAAUUUUUGUAGAUUCUUACUAAAAGAUUAUAGGGAUUUUAAAUUUUUAGGAACUAAAUCACCCCUUCUUGUCAAAACGACCAGUGGACCAGUUAUGUAAUAUUAACGGUAUUCACCACAGUCUAUGCUAAACUCGCGUUUGAAAGCUGCGGAUAUCAGAAUUUUCAAUUUAGCCAAAAUGACGAAAAUGACGCUAAUUUGACAUCAAGUUGACGUCAGACUGAAAGAAUCCGUCAAUUUAACAACCCAUGUCAUAUUUGACAGCCAUCAGUGCAAUCUUUACUGCGUCACCCUAGAACUUACCCACCCCGAAAAAGCAAUCACCCAAAAGGGAUCACACGAAUUUCCAUCAUCCGAAUGCGAUAUUCAGUUACCCAAAAAUGCUGCCAUUUCAGAUAUUCUGGAUUUCUCGACUCUGCGGCCAGUGUGGGAGUCAAGAAAGGAAUGAUGAUUGGGAUUGGAACCGGAUUUGUCAUCUUUCUUCUCUUUGGUUCCAUGGGCUUUUCUUUUUGGUAAGCCAUUGUUGCAAUCCAACAAACCUUUUCAGGUACGGAACUAAGCUCGUGAACGAUGGAAUGGACCCAGGAACCGUCUUUGCCGUCUUCUGGGCUUUUAUGGUGGGAGUAUUAUCACUCGCACAAAUGGCAUCACAAAUUCCAGCCAUCAUGGCUGCAAAUAAUGCGGUCGUUGAGGUCUUCAAUGUCAUCAACAGAGUAACAAAACUAAUGAAUUAAACCCAACAAUUAAUUCAGGAACCAGAAAUUAACAGUUUAUCUGACCAAGGAGAGAAAGAUAUUCAUUUCAAAGGAAGUAUUUCCUUUUCGAACGUCGAAUUCAGAUAUCCAAGCAGACCAGAAGUGCAAGUGCUGAAGAAAAUAAACUUCAAGGCAGAAAAAAAUCAAGUUGUGGCAUUAGUUGGAAGCAGUGGAAGUGGGAAAUCUACUGUCAUCUCCUUGUUACAGUUAGUCCUAUCAAAUUAAAUUGUAAUUUUAAGGCGUUUCUAUGAUGUUGACACCGGUUUUAUUCAUCUGGAUGACACCCCAAUCUCCGAGAUUAACGUCCGAGCUCUCAGAAAUAUGGUUUCUGUCGUCUCUCAAGAACCCGUUCUCUUUUCGGGAACGAUCGAAGAGAACUUGAAGCUUGGAAAUCCAUUGAUUGGAGAAAAGGAAUUGAUUGAAGCCACGAAAACAGCAAAUGCCUAUGAAUUCAUCAACAAAUUAGAAAACAAAUUCCAGACAAGGAUCGGGGAUGGGGGAAUUCAGUUGUCCGGAGGGCAAAAACAGCGAAUCGCCAUUGCCAGAGCUCUUGUCAGGCAUCCAAAAGUUCUGCUUUUGGAUGAGGCGACAUCAGCAUUGGAUACAGAAUCAGAAAGGAUAGUGCAAGAAGCGCUGAAGAAGGCAUCGAAUGGAAGAACAACUAUUGUUGUUGCUCAUAGAUUGUCAACCAUCCGAAAUGCCGAUAAAAUAUUGGUAUUCAGGGAAGGGGAGAUCGUCGAAGAAGGGAGCCAUGAGACUUUGAUGGCCAUGAACGGAGUUUAUUCGACAUUGGUGAAGGCACAAGAAAUAAUCAAAUUGAGAACUGAAGACGAUAUUGAAAGUAAGGAUCCUGCACAUACUUUAAAGCCCUUUAGAAGUCGAAGAAUUCGAAAGAAACGAACUGCAGAGAAGCAUCAGACUUAGAAGAUCGACCAGACACAUGAGCAGAGCUUUAUCUUAUACCUCAACAAACCCAGAAAAAGACGAUGAGAUUGACAGACUCAAGGUGAGAUUGACUAACUCUAAACCUAAACUUUUUAGGAUGAGUUGGCCGAAUCUCAUAUAAAACCCACCGAUUUCAAAACCAUAGUUCUUUUUGCCCGGCCAGAAUGGAAUUUACUCUUCUUCGCAAUCUCGUCGGCUUUAUUGAGAGGAGUAAUGUUUCCCCUGUUCUCCAUCAUCUAUGGCCAAGCCUUCAAAGCUUUUGCUACGUCGGACAAGGACGAAAGAAUGAGGCAGGCUGUCUGGAACUGUGUUUACUUUUGUAUUCUGGGUGUUGUUGGGGGCAUAACAAUCGGACUAGGAAGUUAUCUGUUCGGCAAAGCGGGGGAGAGUCUGACAAAGCGCUUGAGGAUUGCGCUGUUCAAAAACAUUGUUUAUCAGGUACAGUAAGAGCUUAACAAAAGGGAACUUUUAAUCAUGCGCAUCAUCACAUCGAAUAUUUUAGGAUGGCCCUUACUUCGAUGACGUAAAACAUUCUCCUGGUCGAUUAAGUGGUCGAUUGGCUACCGAUGCCCCAAAUAUUAGAGCCGUGAGAAUUCUUUUCCAAUGUGCAGUAAUGAUGAUGAUUUAGGCCAUUGAUCAAAGACUGGCUGACGUUGUCGCUUCAUUUUCGGCAAUUGUCUCAGGCAUUGUUAUCGCGUUCUCCUAUGGUCCUGCAAUGGCGCCGAUUGGCAUACUGACUUCCGGCUGUCUAGUUUUGAUACAAACAUUCUUGUCUCAAUAUCUGAAAAAACGCGGCCACACGGAUGCAUUGCUGGCAGAGGCGCCGUCAAGGGUAUGCAGAUAAAAUAACGGCAAAAACCUUUUCUUCAGCUCGCUUCCGAAGCAAUUGAUAAACACAGAACCGUUCAAACCUUAACCCGGGAAGAUUAUUUUGAUGAGGAAUUCCAACGAUUAAUUGAGAAACCACACAAAAGAGCCCUCUUUAGAGGGGUUAUACAGUCGCUGACAUUCGCCUUGCAUGCAAGUUAUGUCUUCUUCAACUUCGCCGCUGCUUAUCGUUAUGGAGUAUUUCUUAUAGAAAAAUCUGUCCUUGAUCCUUACACAGUGUUCCAGUAAGUUUUACAUUAUUCUAUUGCGUAGGCGCAGUUAGAAAGAUAUUAUAUUUUGAAAAUGGACCAGAGCGCAGCAGUCUUACUUAUUAUUAUCGCAUAACACUUGCGCAACGAUGAUUUUAGAGUAAUCGAAGCAUUGAAUUGCGCAACCAUGACUAUGCUAGCCUUUGCUACAUAUUUCCCAGAAUAUGUAAGAGCCAGGCUGAGUGCUGCCAUUAUUUUCAAAAUGUUGGAAGAUCAGCCUACGAUCAGUUACACUUCUCCCAAUUUCAUUCCAACUAUUGGAUUUAACGAUUGGAAAUUUGAAUCAGUUGGAUUCUCGUAUCCAACCAACCCGAAAAGAAAAAUUAUAAAAGAUAUAAGGUUUGAGGUCCCCAAGAAAAAAACCUUAGCAUUGGUGGGAGUCAGCGGAUGCGGAAAGUCAACGAUUGUCCAGCUAUUGGAAAGAUAUUACGACCCCGACUCUGGCUGCAUUGUAAGUUAAAAAUCCUGAUAAUAACCAGCAAUUUAAAGACUGUCAAUGGAAUCAACAUAAACGAAAUCAGCUUGCGGUAUUUGAGGGAUCACAUUGCAGUAGUUGGUCAAGAACCCAUACUUUUUAACUACUCUAUAAAAGAAAAUAUAUCCUAUGGAAUGGAAGGUGUCCCGUUUCAUAUGAUCCAAGAUGCCGCAAGGCUUGCGAAUGCUGAUGAUUUCAUCAGUAACCUACCAGACGUAGGAUUUAAUUGCAGCUUCUGUUAUAAUUUUGCAGGGUUAUGAAACUAAAGCUGGUGAAAAAGGAAAUCAGUUGUCCGGAGGACAGAAACAACGAAUUGCCAUAGCCAGAGCUAUCAUCAGAUCCCCCAGUCUUCUCCUCCUUGAUGAAGCAACUUCGGCUUUGGAUUCGGCCAACGAACUUUUAGUUCAAGAAGCUUUGGAUCGGGUGCAGGAAGGCAGAACGACUAUUGUGAUUGCCCAUCGUUUAACCACCAUUCAAAAUGCCGAUCAUAUACUGGUCAUCCAAGACGGGCAAAUCGCCGAACAAGGAACUCAUAACCAGUUGUUAGCACUUAACGGAAUCUACAAGAAUCUUUCACAAAAGCAAAGUCUCUGAAUAAACAUCUUAUGAAAUACAUAUGUGGGAGAGUCAGCGUGCGUCAUGGUUUUUUUAUUCAGGCCCGGAAUUCCACUGGAUCAAUUUAGAAUUUGGAUAAAGAAUUCCAAUCUCUCCCACCCAUUUUUUGGAUGCGAAUGUCGUUCUAAAUACUUGCAAUCCUGCCGCGUUAAGUCACGUAGGCCCACUAAGAGGUCAUGAUCAUGCAUUAGACUGAUGCGAAUAGGCUCACGACAGAGCUCCUUGACCCACCCCCUCUUGUUUUUAAAGCCAAUCUGUACAAACUUCGAAUAUUGAAUCACGCUUCCACAACCCCGUGACGUCAGUCUCCUCGAUUUAUACUCGAUAUAAAUGCGAGACGGAGCCGUCGAAGCCGAGAUUCUCCAUUUCCGUUCUUUAAUCGGUGCCACACCCUGUCCAAAGCCUCUUUCCCUUUCUUGACACCUUUUAAUGGUUAUUAUCAUAACAUUCCCGACUUGUUCUGUACGACGUUCGGUCCGGCGUGAGGGGAGGCCAUGAUUUAUUGUGUGAUUAAGGGCCGUUAAUAAAACCUCCGGCCGCCAAUUGUACAAAUUCCCUUUCACUUUUGUAUGAUUUCAGACUGCAUUUUUGGGCUUCUGAAUUAAAGAUGAUCGGAAUGAUGAAUGUCCCCUGUGAGUCCCCGACCGAGUUCUACUCGGCGCCCAAGUCUUCUAAUCCCCAAUCAACUUGUUUGAAUGCCAGGAAAGCAACUCCCCCAAAACAAUUGACUUGGUCCAGAAAGUCAUCAAAGAGGAUUUCCGUUUUUGUCAAACGGAGACUCAGCCAUCAAGUGGACUAUCUGAAAGACGGUCGUAAACUCAGAGAUGGAGAACUUGUGGAAGUAAGCAACCGACUCUUUUUAACCAGUAUCCUUCUUUGCCUUUAAUAAGUGUUAUGUCUUAGAAAGAAACAGCCCCAAAAAUGUGGGAAAAACUUCUGGUGAGGACAUUUGUUCACAAAAUCGAGGAUGAGAUUCAAAGUCCAGUUCAAGAAAAGAGAUCGCCAUUCAUCAAUGACAGUAAGUCGAGGAUUGUCCCUCACAAGGGAAUGGUCUGAACUUCCCCCAGCGUUAAGGAAAAUGGCUAGUACAGGUGGAUAGAGCAGGUCGACUUUGGUAGAAAAAGGCAAUUUCCAGCUGCAAAAUAAGCACCGCCGACGAGAAAAAUCGACCGAAAUUUCCGAAAAAAUUUCCUCUUUCUCUUCCCUCGGAAAAGAAGAGGAGAAUCCAGUGGUUCGGUUGGUCGAGUGGAUAGAGCGUCCGCUCGAUAUCCUUUUGGGGGUUGGUUCGAUUUCGGGGCAGCGCGAGUGGCUAUGAUAAGGCUUCAGUGAACAAGAUAAAUUCUUGUGAACCAAAAAAAAAAUAUUUUGCAAUUUUUCGAUUUUCUAGUGAUCAUAAAACACAUAAUAAUAAAGGAUUUCUAUGUAAAUUCCUCCAUUUUUUCUGCAAGAUUCCAGAACGGUUCCAGUCAUAUUCAAUAAUCUAGCCAUGGACUGUCUGUUUUCCGAACACUAGUGGACCUUUGUCAAAAACCCCGAUGUGAUCAAGAUGUGCUUCAGUUUGCUCCUUAUUGGAGUAUGAUUGGGAACGUUCUGGAAUCUUCUAGAAAAAAAUUGGCGGAAUUUACAUGGAAAUCCUUUUUUUAUGUGUUUUAUGAUCUCUAGAAAAUCGAAAAAUUGCAAAAUAUUUUUUUUUGGUUCACAAGAAUUUAUCCUGGUCGCUGAAGCCUUAUCAUAGCCACUCGCGCUGCCCCGGAAUCGAACCAACCCCCAAAAGGAUAUCGAGCGGACGCUCUAUCCACUCGACCAACCGAACCACUGGAUGCUCCUCUUCUUUUCCGAGGGAAGAGAAAGAGGAAAUUUUUUCGGAAAUUUCGGUCGAUUUUUCUCGUCGGCGGUGCUUAUUUUGCAGCUGGAAAUUGCCUUUUUCCACCAAAGUCGACCUGCUCUAUCCACCUGUACUAGCCAUUUUCCUUAACGCUGGGGGAAGUUCAGACCAUUUCCUUGUCAGGUAAAAAGCCCCGUUCAGCACCUCAAUGCACAAAUUCAACCUGGUCUCUGGUCUCGGACCACAAACUGGAAAAGACAAAAGAACUCGAAGCUGAUCGCCCUCGUUCCCAAUCCUGUGGUACAGAUAUGCAGCUUUCCCGGAAGUUCUUUUAA